UUAUUAAAAAGUCUCUCUCUCUUGUCUAAAGCCCGACAUUUCCGUGGCGGAAGGAAAGAAAAAGCGCUUAACAGAAAUGGAAAAGGGCGAACAGUCAGAACUCGACCACCACCAUCACGACUCUGCCACUGCUGCCGCCGCCACCACCGCUACUUCCCACCACCUAGCCUUCCCAAACGGAUUUUCUCAGCACGAGUUCAAUGACCUGAAGCACAUCAUCUUGCAGUUUCACUCCUACGAACUACGGCCGGGCCAAUGCUCCUCCCUCCUCUCUCAACUCAUCCGUGCGCCGCGCGACGUCGUUUGGUCUGUCGUUCGCCGCUUUGAUAAACCUCAGACUUACAAGCACUUCAUCAAGAGCUGUACCGUCGCUGAAGGCUUCACAAUGACCGUAGGAUGCACCAGAGACGUUAAUGUAAUCUCUGGCCUUCCGGCAGCGACGAGUACUGAGCGGCUCGAUAUACUCGAUGACGAUCGGUAUGUGACUGGUUUCAGUAUCACAGGCGGUGAGCAUCGGUUGAGGAACUACCGGUCUGUGACGACGGUGCAUGAGAUGGAGCGCGAUGGUCAGAUCUGGACGGUGGUUUUGGAAUCGUACAUCGUGGAUGUGCCGGAAGGGAAUACGGAAGAGGAUACGCGUCUAUUUGCAGAUACAGUUGUGAAAUUGAAUCUGCAGAAGCUUACGUCCGUCACUGAAGGAAUGGCUCGCGCCGUUGAUGCUGCUGCUGCAGGUACUUCUACAUCUAAAUCAACACUCUGAUUUUAGAAAAAAAGAAGGAACGAAGGAUUCUCGGAAAAAGGAAGGAACGAAAAUAGUAUUGAAAAAGGAAAAGGAGAAAGAGGCAUUGAAUUUCUUAAUUUGUUCUUUAUGUUCAUCUUUCUUCUGUUUUUAUUUUUUUAUUUUGAUUUCGUUAUCCAUUCUUCUCCUCGGUGUGUUAGGGGGGGAAUUUGCUGCACGACUGUGAGUAUGGUUUUCAUUUCAUUUCAUUUUCUUGUAUGAACAACAACAAAAUAUUCUCUACUUCCAACAACAACUACACCAACAAAUUGAUUGGGAUAUUAAGUGUUCUUCAGUUUCGUUUA